UCAAUGAUUUACUUCGCUGAACCGCUCCUCUCGAGAUCUCACACUUUCUUCUUUCUAGGGUUUUUGCUAGGUUUUAAAAUAUUCCCAAAUUUGAUUUUCUUCAGUCUGAGUUGAGCUGAAGCUUUUUCUGGCUACAAAACCCUAGACUUUAUUACGGGUAAGCCCUCAAAAUUUGUACAAUUUGAUUCACAUAUCUCGUUAGAUUGAUUCAGUUCUUUGUGCACUGUGUUUAAACCUUCUUCAUACCGUUAAAGAUGCAAGAUUGAAAACGGGGUUCUACUGAAAAAAGUGAAAAACUUACAUUUCUUGAAACUUUUGGGGGAAUUAUAUUUUUGAGAAAUUGAGGGACUUCAGGUUUUGUAUACUGUUAAAAAAGUGAAGAUUGCUGAAAAAUGCAUUUCUAGAAAUUUUGGGGAAGUUGUGAUAUUUUAGGGAAUUUUGAGUUCUGAGUUAUGUGAAAGAGACUAGGGUAUUGUAUACUGUUUGAAUCUUCUUUUUACUGUUAAAGAUUGAAGUGAGUUCUACUGAAACAUACAUCUUCGAGAAGUGUUGGGCCAGUGGUGAUAUUGUUGGGAAAUUUGAGUUCUGAGUUAUGCGAGAGAGACUAGGUUUUAUAUACUGUUCGAAACCUUAUUAUACUGUUAAAGAUUGAAGACUGAAGGUGUUUUUCUAUUGAAGAGUACAUUUCUGGAAUAUAUUUGGGAAGUGGUGAUAUUUUUGGGAAUUUUGAGUUCUGAGUUAUGUGAGAGAGUCUUGGAUUUUGUAUGCUGUCUGAAGCUUCUUAUACUCUUAGAAGAUUGAAGAUUGAAGGUGGGUUUCUGCUGAAAAAUACAUUUCUAGAAGAUUUUGGGAACUUGAUGAUAAUUUUGGAAAGUUGAGUUCGAGUUAAGUGAUAUGAGGUUUUGAAUAUGAACGAUGGAGGCGGGGAGAAUGUGGAAGACAGUGGCAAAAAGAAGAAUUCAGGGGUCAAUGCAUUUUCCCAGGCUAUUGCUAGAAUUGCCAUUGCACAGAUAUGUGAGAGUGUAGGGUUUCAGGGUUUUCAGCAUUCUGCAUUGGAUGCGCUCUCAGAUGUGGCAGUCCGGUACGUUCAAGAAGUAGGGAAGACAGCUGAUUUGUAUGCCAAUUUAGCUGGCAGGAGUCAGGGAAAUGUGUUUGAUGUGAUUCAAGGGUUGGAAGAUUUGGGUUCUGUCCAGGGUUUUUCUGGUGCUUCAGAUGUCAAUCGCUGCCUUUUUAGUUCCGGGACGAUCAGAGAACUAAUUAGACAUGUUAAUGAGGCUGAGGAGAACCCCUUUGCGUAUUCUAUUCCCGGUUUUCCAGUUGUCAAGGAUGUGAAACGAAACCCUAGCUUUGUACAAGCUGGAGAAAGCCCCCCAGAGCACGUGCCUUCUUGGUUACCAGUGUUCCCAGACUCAGAAAGCUACUCAAAUUUGAAUUCAGCAGAGAAGAAAGACAGUGAUUGUAGGAACAGUAAGGUUGAGCAAGUUGAAGAGCUGAGAAAUGCGGACAAGCCUUUGGUGCCAAGGAGUGGGUUAGGAGCUUCUGUAGCUAUUAGUCAGGAAAAUCCUUCCAAGGCUAAAAGAGUAAUCCAAUGUAAUCCGUUUCUUGCCCCACCUCUGCACUUUGGGGAGAAGGAAGUGUCUCAAGUUUCUGUUCCUAUUAGACUUUCCGAUGAGGUCUCGGUUCAGCCUCAAAAUCAUGCAACAAUGGAGAACCAAGCUUGUAUGUUAGAGACAUUUGCACCAGCCAAUGAAGCAGUCAAGACUGCACCAGUGGACCUUGAAGAUGGCGGGAAUAAGAUUCUAUUAAACACCAAAUCCCCUGUACAAUUUAGAUUGAGAAGGAGCGGAAAACCAUUAAGUAAGGCAGUUGGUCUUCUGGAUAAGGACCAUGAGGACUUUGCAUCUCCUCUUUGUGCUGAAAAUGGAAAAGAUGAUAAGAAGAGGAGGACGGAGCAGAUUCUUAAAGAAUCUGAAUCCGAUAUGCAGGAUUUGCCUCACUUGUAAAUUAGGAAUCAUUACUUAGAACUUGUAUACUAGUUUAGCAAACUGUUGGCAGUUGCUGGUUCCUAGAUUAUCAAAGUUAGGGGCCUAGAAUUGUCUGUGCAUGGAUCAUACAGACUGCUAGAGUGGUAAUUUUCACACUUUUCUGAGUUGCUAGCAAACUGCUUUCCUCAGUCUGCUCUACGACGUCGAACAACUUUGGGUUGAUCAAAUGGCUGGGUGAGUGAAGCUGAAU